UGUGGCCGGCCAUAUACAUGCUCUUAUCUUUUCUCCAGCAAUCAUUACCAUUAUGGAUACAGCUGCCUUGUAGGAUAGCUGAUAAGAACUCUUUACCCCAUUGAUGAUAAGCACUUUUCUCGCUAGAGUCUGUCUGAACGAAAUCACUUUCCGGCGUACCAAAAAAAAUAAAAGGAGAAAAAUGGAGGGAACUAUGAAGUCAACGGCCAACUACGUUCCUCUCACUCCCAUCAGCUUCCUUGAUCGAUCCGCCGUCGUCUACGCCGACAGAACCUCCGUAGUUUACGGUCCCGUCACCUACACGUGGCGGCAGACCCGUGACCGCUGCGUCAGAGUCGCCUCCGCUCUCUCCCAACUCGGUAUCUCCUCCGGCGAUGUGGUUUCGGUGUUGGCUCCAAACGUGCCAGCUAUGGUCGAGUUACAUUUCGCUGUUCCCAUGGCUGGAGCUUUGCUCUGUACACUCAACAUCCGCCACGACUCCGCACUCGUAUCCGUUUUGCUAAAACACUCAGAGACCAAAGUGCUUUUCGCAGAUCAUCAGUUUCUCCAAAUAGCUCAGGGAGCUUGCGAGAUCCUCUCCAAGAAAGGCGAGAAGGUCCCUCUUUUGGUCUUGAUCCAAGAACCUCUUGUUGUUUCGGGGAACAAGAAGAGGUUGAUGGAGUACGAAGAUGUUGUCUCCAUGGGGAAAUCGAACUUCCAAGUUAUAAGACCAAAGGACGAGUGUGAUGCAAUCUCUCUGAACUACACAUCAGGCACCACUUCGAGCCCCAAGGGUGUUGUUUAUAGUCACAGAGGCGCUUAUUUGAAUUCUCUGGCUACGGUUUUACUCAACGAAAUGCACUCAUCCCCUACUUACCUCUGGACUAAUCCGAUGUUUCACUGCAACGGCUGGUGCUUAAUCUGGGGUGUUACCGCGAUUGGUGGGAGUAAUAUAUGUUUGAGGAACGUUACCGCAAAGGGUAUAUUCGAUAACAUUUGUCAACACAAGGUGACUCACAUGGGAGGUGCACCAACUAUACUGAACAUGAUCGUUAACGCUAGUGAUUCCGAGAAGAAGCCGCUUCCGGGGAAGGUUUCCUUUAUAACCGGUGCUGCACCGCCGCCAGCUCAUGUGAUUAAAAAGAUGGAGGAGCUGGGGUUCUCUAUGUUCCAUUCGUAUGGUUUAACGGAGACUUACGGACCGGGCACGGUCUGUGCGUGGAAGCCUGAGUGGGACCUUUUGCCUAGCGAAGAGCAGGCGAAAAUGAAGGCAAGGCAAGGAGUGAAUCAUAUAGGGAUCGAGGAAGUCGCUGUUAAAGAUCCUGUGACCUUGAGGACUUUGCCGGCUGAUGGUGUGUCCAUGGGUGAGGUUGUCUUCAGGGGGAACACGGUGAUGAACGGUUACUUAAAGAACCCUGAAGCGACCAAGGAGUCUUUCAAAGGAGGUUGGUUUUGGAGUGGAGACUUGGGGGUUAAACACCCUGAUGGUUACAUAGAGCUGAAAGACAGGUCCAAAGACAUUAUAAUCUCUGGAGGAGAGAACAUAAGCUCGAUCGAAGUGGAGUCUGUUCUGUUCUCUCAUCCUUGUGUUCUUGAAGCAGCUGUGGUUGCGAGGCCUGAUGAGUAUUGGGGUGAGACUGCUUGUGCGUUUGUGAAGCUUAAAGACGGGUCUAAGGCAACGGCCGAGGAGAUUAUAAGCUACUGCAGGGGGAAGCUUCCGCAUUAUAUGGCUCCGAGGAGUAUUGUGUUUGAGGAUCUUCCGAAAACAUCGACUGGGAAAGUUCAGAAGUUUGUUCUGAGGACUAAGGCUAUGGCUAUGGGAAGCUUAUCAAAGAAAGGAACUAGCAAGCUAUGAACCGGUAAGGUUUUUUGUGUAUCAUGUUGGUUAAGGUAAACCGGAAAUAUUGUACUACAGACAAUCCAAGCUGUGUCAUUCUGAAAUAAAUGUAUCAUGUUCGUUUAAGAUAAACCGGAAUGAUUAUUGUGUUCUAAAAUAAACCAAGUUGAAAUAAAUAAAUAAAACACAGGUAUGAAGUUGUA